GUCCCGGGCGUGGGCCGAGGACUGUGCGGGCCGCCUGCCCCUCUGCACCGAGCGGCGGUUUGACUUAUUGGAAAUUAAAUCGGUGUCAGCCAGAAGUAAAGAGGAUAUUAUGAAAUGACAAGACCUAAAAACUGUUGAAAGAGUACUGGCCAGAUGGCUCAGGGAAAGGCUUUUGCUGUGCAGGCUUGAUGACAGACGUUCAGUGCCAAUUCCAGGUUGGUGUUGAAGUGAGCGUCAUGACAAACUGCUGAACAGAGGACCUUGAUAGACUGUCUAGGAUAUUUUAAAGGAUUGUUGAAGACGAAAGUUUUUAUUUUUGUAUGUUUUUAAUGGCUAUGCAGAAUAUUAAAUAGAAUAAAGUUUGACAUGACGGCAAAAAGUGUUGGUUUGACAUCCACAAGUGCAGAACUGAGGGGCUUUAUAGAUCAGAAUUUCAGUCCAACAAAAGGUAACAUUUCGCUUGUUGCGUUUCCAGUCUCCAGCACCAACUCACCAACAAAGAUUUUACCGAAAACCUUAGGGCCAAUCAAUGUGAAUGUUGGACCCCAAAUGAUUAUAAGCACACCACAGAGAAUUACCAAUUCAGGAAGUGUUCUGAUUGGAAGUCCAUAUCCCUCUGCACCAGCAAUGGUCACUCAGACACACAUAGCUGAGGCUGCCGGCUGGGUUCCCAGUGAUAGAAAACGAGCUAGAGAAUUUAUAGACUCAGAUUUUUCAGAAAGUAAACGAAGUAAAAAAGGUGAUAAAAAUGGGAAAGGCUUGAGGCAUUUUUCAAUGAAAGUGUGUGAGAAAGUUCAGCGAAAAGGUACAACAUCAUACAAUGAAGUAGCCGAUGAGCUGGUGUCUGAGUUUACCAAUUCAAGUAACCAUCUGGCAGCUGAUUCGCAGGCUUAUGAUCAGAAGAACAUUAGACGAAGAGUUUAUGAUGCUUUAAAUGUGCUAAUGGCAAUGAACAUAAUUUCAAAGGAAAAAAAAGAAAUCAAGUGGAUUGGCUUGCCUACCAAUUCUGCUCAGGAAUGUCAAAACCUAGAGAUAGAGAAGCAGAGGCGGAUAGAACGGAUAAAGCAGAAGCGGGCCCAGCUACAAGAACUUCUCCUUCAGCAAAUUGCUUUUAAAAACCUGGUACAGAGAAAUCGACAAAAUGAACAACAAAACCAGGGCCCUCCAGCUCUGAAUUCCACCAUUCAGCUGCCAUUUAUAAUCAUUAAUACAAGCAGAAAAACAGUCAUAGAUUGCAGCAUCUCCAGUGACAAAUUUGAAUACCUUUUUAACUUUGAUAACACCUUUGAGAUCCAUGAUGACAUUGAAGUCCUGAAGCGGAUGGGAAUGUCCUUUGGUCUGGAGUCAGGCAAAUGUUCUCUGGAAGACCUGAAAAUUGCGAAGUCACUGGUUCCGAAAGCUUUAGAAGGCUAUGUCACAGAUAUCUCUACAGGACCUUCUUGGUUAAAUCAGGGACUCCUUUUGAACUCUACCCAAUCAGUUUCAAAUCUAGACCUGACCACUAAUGCCACGAUGCCCCAAUCAAGUGUAAGCCAAGGCUUCUGCUUGGAUGCUGAAGUGGCCUUAGCAACCGGGCAGUUCCCUGCCCCAGACAGUCACCAGUCCAGCAGUGCGGCCUCUCACUGCUCUGGGUCCCGUGGCGAGACCCCCUGUUCAUUCAACGAGGAAGACGAGGAAGAUGAGGAGGAAGACUCCUCCUCCCCGGAAUAAAGACAGGAGAAAACUCAUGUCCUAAUAUUUGAUGCUCAUGUGUGUCUUUAGUGUGAGCUCUUGUGUUUUGAAAUGAUUGCUUCCGUCUUUGCCUUUGUUUGCAUUUGUGUUCAGUGAGAACUAGAGAAACACAAUAAGCAAAGUCCAUAAGGCUGAGAUGAUUGACAUGAAAGUUAACCUAGCGUGAAUGAGAACUGAGCAGCACAGCAGGAGGUUUCAUCGCCAACAAAGUAUGCUUCUGCAGAGAGAAUGGCAGUGAAUGAAGUUUGUUUUCAGGGAGGGGGUUUGAAGACCCCAGUUUGUGAGCAUUUAGAGUUGAGAUUGCUGCAGGAACCGUAUGCAGUGAUGGUGGUUCUCUCCCUUGCUGGGCCGUCUUACAUAGGCAGGAGUGAUCCCGAACGCCCGUGGGUAUAAGGUGAGGGUGUAGAUUGCAGUCCUUGUGGCCGAGGAGCACAGAUGAACUGCUGAGCUAGUCAGAAGUCUAGCUGAGGUGCUUCAUGCAUCUGCUGCCUUAGCUUCUAGAAGAGAGAGCGUGCUGACUAACUUUGAAGUACCUAGAAGACAUGUAGACUAAUUCUUGGUAAACUGAAGUGACCGUGUGUCAAUGCAUUGGUGCGUAGGAGUUUCUAGGGCUACUUCUGGAAGCCCAAAUAGAAUCGCAUUUCCAUGUGCAUUGCAAACCGCCAGCACUGCCUUUUGCCAGCAUUCUAAAUUUGGAGUUUUACUGAGGGAAACUGUAUUUAUAGUUUUAAUCAAAGCUAUGCAUUUCAUACAGCUUUUUAAUUUACAAUGAAACAAAGAAGCAAAUUCUUUGACCAAAUUGCUUGUCUAUAGCUGUCUGCAGUACUGUAUGAUUUUACCCAUGUGCAAUUUGUGAAAAUGAACCAAAUGUCA